GUUGCACAUCUGUGACAAGAUUAGUCCUCUAGUGGCAUAGAAGAGCUUCAGAUUUAUCAACAUCUACAAAUCCAUCAAAGAAGUAUUAUUAGACUUGGAAUAUUAGCGUUAUGCAUAAAACUUUUGACUAAUCCAUUUAUACUACUGGUUAGAAGAGUUCAAUCAGGAAUACAUAAUAGGUGAUUAAAAAUGGGUGCAACACAGUUUUGAAAAGAAGCAUCAGGCACAAUCCAUGUGUCUCUGUAGGAUUAUAUUAAGCUAUCACCUAAGACCUUGUGUUUCAAAAUGAACUCUGGAGACACCAUUAUAAGGCAAGAAGCUACCUCAAGAUCUGGAGUGUCUGAUAAAAUACAAAGUAGAUGGCGAGACGACAAUUCACCUAUUGUUACAAUGAGCACUUUUGGAAGUCAAGAAGGAGAGAGGAUACCACAAACUAACCCUGAGCACCUUGGAAAUUUAACAUCAGCACAGCAUUUUAGUUCUUUGAAAGUGGCUUCUUCACAAAAUGAAACUGUACAGCAAGUUUCAGAAAAGCAAUACGCUACAAAGCGUGCUGGUUCUUAUGCACAUCGACAUUCACUUUCCUUUCCUCAAAAUACUCAUCACCAACAAAGGUUAGUGCACAGCACCAAACCACACCAGAGCCUUGAAGGACAUGCCUACCAGUUUCAUAGUCAAUUACAGCCUGUUGCCUCAGAGGACUUAUACUCUUUCUCAAUGCAAGGACACAGUACAUCAUUUUCCAGAAAAAAACUUUCAGGACUUCACUCAGCUUACAGUCAAUAUUCUCAAAAGUCCCUUGAACUUUCAGAAGACACUCACAAAAAGGAGCAAAAGCCUAAAAAGCCAGGCAAAUAUAUAUGUCCAUACUGUACUAGGGCUUGUGCCAAACCUAGUGUGCUGAAAAAACAUAUUAGGUCUCACACCGGAGAACGUCCAUACCCAUGCAUACCCUGUGGCUUCUCUUUCAAGACCAAGAGCAAUUUAUACAAACACCGGAAGUCACAUGCCCAUGCUAUAAAAGCAGGACUAGUACCUUUUACAGACUCAUCUGUUUCAAAAUUAGAUUUAGAGGCAUCUUGUAUUGAUGUAGAAACAGAAAUACAUUCUGAUGGGGAACAGAGCACUGACACAGAUGAAGAGACAUUGUUGCUUGAAGGCUCAGGAAAAAUGAGCCCAAUUCCACAAAUCCCACUUGAUGUAGCUGUCAGAGCUGGAGAUGUUUUAGAUCAUGGUUUUCAUACUUCCACUGAAGAAUCAUUAGGAGGUCCAAUGAAAGUGCCAAUAUUAAUAAUUCCAAAGACUGGCAUUCAGUUAUCUGGAGAAAACCCUCAUUUUAUAGGAUCAGACUUAAUGCAUAACCCAGCAUUAUCUGGUAAACCUGAUGAGUCCCACACAAUCAAACAAAAACUUGCACUUAGACUAACAGAAAAGAAAGGACAAGAUUCUGAAAAAUCAUUAAACCUUCUGAGCCCACAUAGUAAAGGUAGCACUGAUUCAGGUUACUUUUCACGUUCAGAAAGUGCAGAGCAGACAAUCAGUCCUCCAAACACCAAUGCAACAUCAUAUGAAGAAAUAAUCUUUGGCAAAUACUGCAGACGCAGCCCAAGACCUGCAGUGCAUUGUCAAGAAGCAAUGGUAAACCCUUGUAUGAUUGAGGAUCACAUUAGUAUGACAAAGAGAGAAGGCUUUGAACUUAGCAAAUUCAGAAGUAUGAAGACAAGCAGAAUAUCUGACAUUAACACUUCUGAACUGCACAAAUCCCAUAUUAUUACAGAAAGUGAAAUUAAUAUGUAUCCAGAAAUUCAGCAUGGACAAGCAGUACUUUUAGAUGCUUCUGGAGACACAUCACCUCUUAUAAGAAGCAACUCAAUGCCAACAUCCUCUGGAACUAAUUUGAGCAUCCCCCCUUCUUUAAGAGGAAGUCAUUCAUUUGAUGAGCGCAUGACAGGGUCAGAUGAUGUUUUUUAUCCUGGCACUGGAGGCAUGACUCAUCAGAGGUUUCUAAGGAGACAGGGAGCCUUUGAACUACCAUCAGUCUUGGAGUGCCAGUCUGAUUUUGACCCAUAUACCAGGAUGUCCAAAUCUGCAGUUGCUGCAUAUAACAGGAUAACAAUGCAUGAAAAAAACGUGUCAUCAAAAGAAAAGAAAAUGUCAGGUGGGGAGAGAAUUAUAUUUGAAUGUAAUUUGCCAGGAAUGCUUAAUAAAAGGUGGGAUGAAUCUGAAGGUCACAAGCAGGGAUUCAGAGAAACACAUCUUAUAAGUGGAAUAAAACCUGUAGGAGAAUCCUUUACAGAUGUUACAGUGCCUCCAUCUUCUAGAGGUGGUACAGUGGUUGAAAACAGAAAGCGCAGGAAGGAGAAGAGUGUUGGGGAUGAAGAAGAUAUUCCAAUGCUUUGCAGUGGGACAUGUAGUUCAAGUGGCAGCUCAGCAUUCUCAGAUUGUGAUACAAAAUCUCAGAUUCAUGAUACUGCCAGACCUGGAUUUGCUGUUUCAGGGCAAGAGUAUCCAUACAGUGGGCCAUCAGAACGUUUUGAUGUAAACAGGCUUCAGCAACAAUCAGGUAGUCCUGUGACUGUUUUAGAUGAAUCUCCAGGCAUAGAUCAAGAGAGAAAUGUAGACUUUAUAAAUAGGAAACCACCAGGCAAUGUUAUUUCUGUAAUUCAGCACACAAACUCAUUAAGCAGACCUAACUCAUUUGAAAGAUCUGAAUCUACAGAACUCCUUGCUUGCCAGUCAGAUAAACCUUGUUCUCCUUCUGAAACAUCUGAUAGUGGAAAUACAAUGCCUUCAAUGAGUCCAGACUGGAGUCAGCUAGUAGAAAAUACUGAAUCUACAGGAAGAACAUCUUCAUCUCAGCAGCCUCAACAGUCAUCCUAUCACAUGCCUCAUAGAUUGGUUCGCCAACACAAUAUCACAGUUCCUGAGAUACGAGUAACAGAGGAGCCAGACAAACCAGAUAAAGAACCAGAAGUUCCAGCUAAAGAACCUGAAAAACUACCAGAGGAAUUUCAGUGGCCCCAAAGAAGUGAAACACUUUCUCAACUCCCUGCAGAGAAACUUCCACCAAAAAAGAAACGUCUUCGCUUGGCUGACAUGGAGAAUUCAUCUGGGGAAUCUAGUUUUGAGUCAACUUGUACAAGUCUUUCACGUAGCCCAAGUCAGGAGAGUAAUUUGUCUCACAGCUCUAGUUUUUCAAUGUCAUUUGACAGAGAAGAAAUGAUAAAAUCUGUAACACCCAACAGGCAAGAUGAUAUGGGAAGACAAGCAGAGUUUUUGACUGUUCCUCCUGGAUCUUAUUCUCUCUCUGUACCUGGCCAUCAUCAUCAAAAAGAAAUGAGACGCUCCUCAUCAGAGCAGAUACCAUGUCCACUUCUCACUGAAAUACCAGAAAUUCGAAGCAAAUCUUUUGACUAUGGAAACCUAACUCAUGCAUCAAUUGCUGGGGCUACCACCACAACUCUGUCUCCUGCACGUGAAAGGAAAAAAUGUUUUCUCGUCCGACAGGCAUCUUUUAGUGGUUUCCCUGAAAAUACACAACAAGAGCAAGAACAAACUGGUAGUCAAGAACAAUCGGACCAGAUACAUACCAGUCGCAAGUUAGCUUGGCAUCAUUCCCCAUCGUCUUCACUGUCAAGUUCUACAAGCCUUCAUUCUGAGGAUACUGGUACUGCAGUUAUUGGUAGCUCUUCUCAACAAACCAGUACGUCAUCUCACUAUUCACAACAGUCAGCUGGCAGCCAUGAUAUAUUAAGAAAUCCUUUAGUCCAUCAAUCAUCAUAUUUAUCCAAGAGACAUCUAGCAGAACAACAUGGAUUUUCACAUACCGAGAAGAUUUUAUUUCCAUCUGUGCAUAAUGCAUUACCUUAUACCUCAGUUUGCAUGGCUCCUCUACCUAAUCACCCUCCUCUUCUAUGGCCAUCUUGUGUAGAUCCAUUGCAGAUACAUUUCCAACAUCAUUACCAACAGUUGCACAAAUCAUAUUUCAAGCAGUCAGAAUUGCACCCAGCCUAUUAUCUGGAUCGGGCUCAGGAUCAUACUGGAAGCAAAUCUCUAAGUUACUUGCAUGAUGUGGAAAAGGAUUACCCGCCAUACAUAGAACAAUCAAUGCAGAAAUCUAAAAACAUGCUUUCAAAACUACAGAGAGAUCAUAGUGGGGGAUCAAGUGACUCUAACGCUGACCAACACCUUCAGUCAGUUUCCUCCUCCCACCAUGUUAGAUCUCUUCAACCUUUGCCAGGAACUGUUGUUCCAGUCAGGAUUCAGACUCAUGUGCCAUCUUAUGGAAGUAUAAUGUAUACCAGCAUUUCACAAAUUAUUGUCACUCAUGCCCAAAGCAAAAACUCAUCAAUUGUAAUUUGUAAAGUGGACGGAAGUACAUCACAAAGAACACUUUCAACAAAUGCAUCCAUGAGAGGUUUGGGAUUAAACAUAGACACACUAGGGCCAUGUGGUGGGUUAGAACAAUAUCCCUUGUGGAAAGUGCCCCAAACAUUACCACUUGGUUUGGAAACUGCAAUUCCAUUGUGUUUGGCUUCUAGCUCUGAUAAUUCAUCCACUUUUGGAGUAGGUAAACGCAUGCUUUCUCCAGCAAGCAGCUUAGAGCUGUUUAUAGAAACCAAACAACAAAAAAGAGUGAAGGAAGAAAAAAUGUAUGGACAAAUUGUUAAAGAAUUAAGCGCAGUUGAGCUGACUAAUUCAGACAUAAAAAAAGAUUUAUCACGGACAUCAAAACAUCAGCUAGUUAGGCAAGGUCGCACUACUGAGCAAAAAGAUAGCCUUUCUUCACCCUCUUCAUCAUCAAACUCACCACUCAAUAACUUGACUAGCACUGAGCCUUAUGAGUCUAAGAGUCCAGGAACAGAAAAUCUUCUGCCAGAGUUAAAGUCCAGUGACACACCGGAAGGCCGGAUGUCACCUGAUGAUUUUUAUGAUGAGGAAACUGCCUCAGAUAUGAGCCUGAGCCCACAGAGGACUCCAAGUGAGGAAGAUUCUCUCAACACCCAAAAGCCAUCCAUAAACAUUUUAAUGCACAUGUCAGCUACUCCUAGUGAAAUAGAGGGAGCACCUAAUAUUGUUGUAAAAGAUGGAACAGAACCUCAUCAAGCUCUUCAAUUUCCAAGCUUGCGCACUACUACCACUGUAAGCUGGUGUUUCCUAAAUUAUGCAAAACCUAGCCAUUUGCAACAAACAUCUGUAAAGUCGUCUGUCUAUGCUUCAUGGUGUAUCAGUUCUUGCAAUCUCAAUCCUUCAGGACUCAGUACCAGACUCUCAUUAGCACUUUUAAGAUCCAAACAGAAGGAUAAUGUUGAAAUAUAUACUAUGGCAGCCAUGCAUAGAUCUGGAGCUGGUAAACUGACCUCAUCAAGUAUAUGGAAACAGCAGUUUGCAAAGAUGAAACCUGAGCCGUCCCUCCUGGUUAGCAGUAAACUUGAAAAGAAGGCUGCAGGAAACAGCAAGGAAAGGACAAAGGCAGAAGCCCAUGGAGAGAAAGAUAUUUCAGCUAAACAAACAGAACCAAUGCGUAUUAAAAUCUUUGAAGGAGGUUUCAAAUCAAAUGAAGACUAUGUAUAUGUGAGAGGACGAGGACGUGGGAAGUACAUAUGUGAAGAAUGUGGUAUACGGUGUAAAAAGCCGAGCAUGUUAAAGAAACAUAUCCGCACCCACACAGAUGUGCGACCUUACGUGUGCAAGCUCUGUAACUUUGCCUUUAAAACAAAAGGAAACCUGACGAAACAUAUGAAAUCGAAAGCACACAUGAAAAAAUGCUUAGAGCUUGGUGUUGCGAUGACAUCUGUAGACGACGCAGAAGCGGAGGAAUCAGGAAUCAUUGAAGAGAUACAGAAGGAAACUGAAAAGAGUAGCAUAGCUAUAGACCACCAGUUUUCAGAUGCAGAGGAUUCAGAUGGGGAUGAUGGAGAUGAUAAUGAUGACGAAGAUGAUGAGGAAGAGGACUUUGAUGAUAAUCAGGGUGAUUUAACACCCAAAACCAGAUCAAGAAGCACUAGCCCCCAGCCACCUAGAUUCUCUACACUGUCUGUAACUGCUGCCUCGGCAUCACAAAGAGCAUCCCCAGAAGUCUCCCUAGGGAACUCCUUAAUAAAUUACUUGUCUACUUUGCCAAGUAUUCAAGUUACACAUCUUAUGACACCAAGUGCCAUGUGUGGAGACUCGCAAAUGGUGGAAUAUCAGAGGCUUUUUCGCUCCAGUCUGGAACAUGAUAAAGAGAAAAUUGAUGUACCUGGCUACAUGGAUGAGGACUACAUGCUGACUUCUGAACCUAGCUCAUCUCCAAAGGACUUUUCAUCUUGUAGCCGUCAUUCAUCACCAGGCUAUGACUCUUCCCCUUGCAGAGAUAACUCACCAAAGAGGUACUUAUCACUUAGAGGUGAUUUGUCUCCAAGAAGACACUUAUCACCAAGAAGAGACAUUUCACCAAUGAGGCACCUGUCACCAAGAAAAGAAGCAGCAUUAAGAAGAGAGUUAUCCCCUAGGAGGGAUGUGUCGCCCAGGCGUCAUCUAUCACCACUGAGGCCGAUGUCACCAGGGAAAGACAUUUCUACUGGGAGAGAUUUAUCUCCUAGACGAGAGAGAAGAUACAUGGCGACAAUUAGAGCACUUUCACCAAGAAGACGUUUACAUCAUAUCUCAAGUUUGCCAAUGAGUCAUUAUUUGCACUCAGACUCUGGAUAUAUGGGCCAUGGGAAUUUAAGAAAAAGUUGGUCACAGAUACCAUUUGCAGGCCCUUACCCAGAUGAUCUACCUGGACACCAAAGUCCUGGACAAGCCCCAGAGGGCCACAGCGAUUAUGUUUUCAGCCACCUCCCAUUACACUCACAGCAACAAAUACGUGCACCUUUACCAAUGAUACCCAUAGGUGGGAUUCAGAUGAUCCACUCGAGUUCUGCAAUUCAGCCCAGUUCUCACCACUCUUCAUCUGCACCCUUUCACCUGAGGAGUUCGGACGACAAGAGAAGCUUACAAUCAGAGUCCUAUCAGAUAUCCCCACAGCACCUUGAUAAACAUUCUUCUAAUGCCCCUUCUGGGACUGCUUCCUCUCCCUUAUCCUCUCUGAGGCCAAGCACUUCAGAUGAUAGCUCAAAGCCUAUAGAAAGGGAGCAGGAAGAAAACAUACGCACUUGCACAAAAGCCAUUGCUUGCCUGAGGAUUGCCACGGAGGAGGGUUCACCUCUAAAGCGGGACCAACUGUCUCGUCCUCCUGAGCCCAAUCAAAAAAUUUUAGAAAGUGCACAGCUCGGCAUUAGGCACUUUAGUGGUCUUGAGGCGGGCACGUCACUUGCAUGCGCCUCAUCCACCCAUGUUGACUUGCACAGAGAAAAAGACAAUUUUGGUACAUUACAAUCUACAACAGCUCAUUCCAAAUUUUACAGUAAGAGCAUGGACAUGAAAAAGUUAGGGUUUCAUAGCAAAAAAGAGGAGCUGCAGGAAGUGAAGAACACGUCAGUGGAAUCUAGUAAAUUGCUUUGAUUUGGAUGGGCAUGUAGAUCUUUUCAUAAUUUUCUUUUCUCGUAGAAAACAUGUUAAUAGCAUGUCUGAUGUACUUUAUAAUAAUUUGCCCUUGAAAAGUACUUUUAUUAUAUCAAGAAUAUAUAUAUAUAUAUAUAUAUAUAUAUAUAUAUAUAAAAUAUAUAUAUAAAAAUAUAUAUAUCAUUAUAUAAGUCAUUAUGAGCCCGACCAAAAUGAAACUUUAAACUCUUGUAUUUGGGUCUGGUACUUUUAAAUUGUACAGAUGUUUGUGCCUUUUCUUUACUUUGCUUAUAUUCUUAUAAGCAUUUUAGCAGUACAUUGUAUAUAUUUUAGAAUUUGUGUAUCUGCUUUGUAAUAAAUGUAAUUUUUUUUGGACACUUUGGGUCUAAAUGUAAAGCAAAAAUAGCAUCAAUAUAUAUGUGAGGUUGCACUAAAACAUAUUUUUAUAUGAUUGAAACUGAACAGCUUUUAUGUACAGCUCUGAUCCUGUAAUACUAAUAUUUAUUUACUUUGUUUCAUAAAAUGUACAUUUUUUUCUUAAUGUUGUGAAUUACUUUUUUAUGUGAAGCAUGGGUUUUACUGUUGCGUAAUUAGAACAAAAUAAGGUAUAUUGUAGGCAAGAUAUUUAACUAAAAUAUCAACUUCUAGUGCACUUAUGCAUCGGUUAAACAACAAAAAAGUGAUUAAGGUUGUAUCAGUCAGUUCUUAACUCUUGUAAUUAUUUUCGUCCCUUGUUUGCUGAAAUGACAAUAACUUAAGUGCUGAUUGUGAUCUUAAAAUGAUAGUAAUGUAAAGCAUUAAAAGUACUACCAUGUGCUAUUGUGAGUUUUUUCUCCCAAGGCUGUAUGAUGCCGUUAUGAAUAUAUCACAAGUAUUUGGUCUUAUGUGAACGUUGCUCUGUAUACUCAAAUCAUACAUAUGGGAAAACAUUCCACCCCAUGUACACACGUACAAGUGCAUCACUGGUACAAUUAUAUGUAACUCUCAGCUGGACACCGCGUCACCAUGUAUCUUUACUGGAGUGUCUAUAAAAAAAGGUGACAAAGCACAUCUGAUUAUAUGGAACUGGGUUAUCCUUUGUGCUAUUUAGUGGCUUAUAAUUCUGUGAAACCAAGUUUGUAUAUUGAAUUACAAAUCAUUAAGGAGUGUUCUUUAAAAAAAAAAAAAAAGAAAUAAAUAUAAAGUUACAUGCAGAAACUGUGUUGCACUUUAUCAUGCAUGUUGUGUGUAUCACAAAGAUAACCAUGUGCAUUCUAUACAUAUAGUAGAUAAUAUUGCUAUUAGAAUUGUGUUCAAUUCCCGAGUUUUCAUUUUCCAGAUUUCCUUUUUUUAUGAUUUCCUAUAGUUAAGUAAUACAGUUAAGGCUGCCUGUAAUCUCUAUUACCAUCCACAUAAAAUAUAUUUCUUAGAAAAUAAGGUGAUUUAUUUUGAUGACUUAAAGGGACAAUAAGUUUUGAAAACAAAACCCCUCCUUUCUUAACCACUUAACACCGUUAGGACGUUCCAUGGCAUCCUAAAAUCGCAGGAGUUAAGCACCUUAAGGAUGGCAUAGAACGUCCUAACUUUUAUGGCGUCCUGCUCCAUUCUAAAAACAAACGGUGGGGGACGUGCCUAGCAACUCAGGCAGUUCCCCAGGAACCAAUCAGCGCCGUUUUUGAAGCACAUGAUCGCAGUGAUGAUCAUGUGCUUCAUUUUCCUUUUUCUUGCUUUUGAUUGGGCGGAUGGGUCCGUCCUGAAUUGGUUAAUUAAGCUGGUAUCAUCAAUUUGUGACAAAAGAAGUAUGUUUUUCGCAGUUUAUUGAAAAUUACAGAUAAAUGUACAACAUUGUUUUUUGGAAUAGAUGAACAUGAAUUAUCUACUUAUAGAAUGUGUUAUUUGUACUGCUUUGGAACAAAACUAAGGUCAACGAAUCCAUGAAUAUCUUCAGAAGAAAUUGAAGUCUAUGGUUAUCUGUGAACAUCCAUGGAGAUGCAUGUUUUUUUAAACAAUAAAUAUAUUUAAAAGUA